AUGGCUUCGUUCCCUGAGACCGACUUCCAGAUCUGCCUGCUGUGCAAGGAGAUGUGCGGCUCGCCCGCGCCGCUCUCCUCCAACUCGUCCGCCUCGUCGUCGUCCUCGCAGACGUCCACGUCGUCGGGGGGCGGCGGCGGGGGCCCCGGGGCGGUGACGCGCCGCCUACACGUCCUGCCCUGCCUGCAUGCCUUCUGCCGCCCGUGCCUCGAGGCGCACCGACUGCCGGCCGCGGGCGGCGGCGCUCCGGGAGACUCGCUUAAGCUCCGUUGCCCAGUGUGCGACCAGAAGGUGGUGCUGGCCGAGGCGGCGGGCAUGGACGCGCUGCCUUCGUCCGCCUUUCUGCUCAGCAACCUGCUCGACGCUGUGGUCGCCACGGCCGACGAGCCGCCGUCCAAGAACGGGCGGGCGGGCGCCCCGGCCGGCGCGGGUGGCCACAGCAAUCACCGGCACCACGCGCACCACCACCCGCACCCGCGGGCCUCCACCUCGGCGCCGCCGCCGCUCCCGCAGGCCCCGCCGCCGCCCGCGCCCUCUCGCCCCGGGCCCGGCGGGCCGGCCGCCUCCCCGUCGGCGCUGCUGCUGCGUCGGCCACACGGCUGCAGCUCCUGCGACGAGGGCAACGCGGCCUCCUCGCGCUGCCUCGACUGCCAGGAGCACCUGUGCGACAACUGCGUCCGCGCGCACCAGCGCGUGCGCCUCACCAAGGACCACUACAUCGAGCGCGGCCCGCCGGGGCCCGCCGCCGCCAGCGCGGCGCAGCAGCUCGGCCUCGGGCCGCCCUUCCCCGGCGCGCCCUUCUCCAUCCUCUCGGUGUUCCCCGAGCGCCUGAGCUACUGCCAGCACCACGACGACGAGGUGCUGCAUCUGUACUGUGACACUUGCUCCAUGCCCAUCUGUCGGGAGUGUACUAUGGGCCGGCACCGUGGCCACAGCUUUAUCUACCUCCAGGAGGCGCUGCAGGACUUCCGGGCACUCACCAUCCAGCUGUUGGCUGAUGCUCAGCAGGGCCGUCAGGCAAUCCAGCUGAGCAUCGAGCAGGCCCAGACUAUGGCAGAACAGGUGGAGAUGAAGGCAAAGGUGGUCCAGUCAGAGGUCAAAACCGUGACUGCGAGGCAUAAGAAGGCCUUGGAGGAGCGGGAGUGCGAGCUGCUGUGGAAGGUAGAGAAAAUUCGCCAGGUGAAAGCCAAGUCUCUGUACCUGCAGGUGGAGAAGCUGCGGCAGAACCUCAACAAGCUGGAGAGCACCAUCAGUGCGGUGCAGCAGGUCCUGGAGGAGGGGCAGGCGCUGGACAUCUUGCUGGCCCGGGACCGCAUGCUGGCCCAGGUGCAGGAGCUCAAGUCCCUGCGCAGCCUCCUACAGCCCCAGGAAGAUGACCGGAUCAUGUUCACACCCCCCGACCAGGCACUGUACCUUGCCAUCAAGUCCUUUGGCUUUGUCAGCAGCGGGGCCUUUGCACCACUCACCAAGGCCACAGGUGAUGGCCUCAAGAGGGCCCUGCAGGGUAAGGUGGCCUCCUUCACUGUCAUUGGCUACGAUCAUGAUGGUGAGCCUCGCCUCUCUGGGGGCGACCUGAUGUCAGCCGUCGUCCUGGGCCCUGAUGGCAACCUGUUUGGGGCAGAGGUGAGCGACCAGCAGAAUGGGACCUACAUGGUGAGCUACCGGCCACAGGUGGAAGGCGAGCACCUGGUGUCGGUCACCAUGUGCAACCAGCACAUUGAGAACAGCCCCUUCAAGGUGGCGGUCAAGUCGGGCCGCAGCUACGUGGGCAUUGGGCUCCCUGGCCUGACCUUUGCCAGCGAGGGUGACAGCGACGGCAAACUCUGUCGCCCGUGGGGUGUGAGUGUGGACAAGGAGGGCUACAUCAUUGUCGCUGAUCGCAGCAACAACCGAAUUCAGAUCUUCAAGCCCUGUGGCACCUUCCACCACAAAUUUGGCACCCUGGGAUCCCGGCCCGGACAGUUUGACCGACCAGCCGGGGUGGCCUGUGAUGCCUCCCGCAGGAUCGUGGUGGCCGACAAGGACAAUCAUCGCAUCCAGAUCUUCACAUUUGAGGGCCAGUUCCUCCUCAAGUUCGGAGAGAAGGGAACUAAGAACGGCCAGUUCAACUACCCUUGGGAUGUGGCGGUAAAUUCUGAAGGCAAAAUCCUAGUUUCUGAUACUCGGAACCACCGGAUCCAGCUCUUUGGGCCUGAUGGCAUCUUCCUGAAUAAGUACGGCUUCGAGGGGGCUCUCUGGAAGCACUUUGACUCCCCACGGGGUGUGACCUUCAACCACGAGGGCCACCUGGUGGUCACUGAUUUCAACAACCACCGCCUUCUGGUCAUUCACCCUGACUGCCAAUCAGCACGCUUCCUGGGCUCCGAGGGCACCGGCAAUGGGCAGUUCCUGCGCCCGCAGGGGGUGGCAGUGGACCAGGAGGGGCGCAUCAUCGUGGCUGAUUCCAGGAACCACCGCGUACAGAUGUUCGAGUCCAAUGGCAGCUUCCUGUGCAAGUUUGGCGCACAAGGCAGUGGCUUUGGGCAGAUGGACCGUCCUUCUGGCAUCGCCAUUACGCCUGAUGGGAUGAUCGUCGUGGUGGACUUUGGCAACAAUCGAAUCCUCGUCUUCUAAUCACAUUUUCUAGGCUUCUGUGUUUGGGGUGUGCUUAUAUCUUUCUCUCCUUUCGAAUUGCAAAGAAGAAACAGUCUCAGGGAUUUUUUUUUUCUUUUUGCUUAUCUUUUUAAAAAGAACAAGUACGUACAACAUUGCAUAAGUCCUACCUCAUCUUUUUUUUUUUUUUUACAGAUGAAUGUACUAAUCUUUUCUGCAGGGAGUGAGCCUGUGAAGUGAUAAUUUCUAUCUACCUCAUAAAUCUUGCAUUUCUUUCUCCAGCAGGCCCUCUGCCCCAUCUCCUAUCCCAAGUACAGUUCACACGUCUCUCUUCCCCUCCCAUUGAGACACAAUAUGCAUAAAUCCUACAUCUCUGGCUGGGAGGCACUGGAUGCGUGUGAUAGGGUAUCUUCUGUAGAUUGAGCCAAGGAAACAUAUUAAAAAUAAAAAUUAAAAAAUAUAUACUGAGGAAGAAAAGAACUAUAACAUGCAGAAAUAGGAUUUAAGAUACUGAGCUGUAGAGUGUUUGUGUUCUUGAGAAUUCUAUAUUGUAUGGGGUUAGAUUAUGUCGUGUGAUCUUAUUUGGUUAAAAAAAAAUUUUUUUAAUGCUGCGACAGAAUUUCCUGAAUCCUCCUUUUGUAACUUAGUGUGUUGCUUAUCCAUCCUGUUCAGCAUCUUAUUUUUAGAUGUGGCUGUGGCUUGCUAGCCAAGAAAAGCAGAGCAUUUGUAUUGUUAGGGUAUGUUAUUAUUUUUUUUUCUUUUAAAGAGGGUGUGUGUCUGUCUCUCUAGUGCCCAGGCUGUCUUUUUUGAGUAGUAAAGAUAAAUAUGAUACACAUCCUCCUAAAGAACCUUUUCUCUUCCCUUUGGCCCUCCCCCCCUAUAGAUUUAGUUCAGGAUUUUUUAAAACUAUGUUCAAGCUUAAGUAUUGUCAAAGUUAACUGUUGGUUUUAGGGUGUUAAAUGGAGUCAAAGAUAUUUAGUCUCAUUCUCAGAACGUUUCCAGACAUAAACUGCCAUGUGGACAUGGGUGUGGGUGACAUGAGUGUUGAGGAAGUAAAGAGUGAGACAAACGAGACACCCCCCCCCCCAACCUUUGCAGAAGGAGUGAAGUUCAGUCCCCACCCCUAGACUGAAUGUUUUUCACUAAUGUUAGGCAUUUCUUUCCUUAAGAGUAGGCAAAGAAAUGGACUUUUAUUUUUAAAAGCACAAUUUUUUUUUCUCCUGCUUUGGAUGUUCAGGGAAAUAGAAUGUUUAAAAGAUGAAGUAGUAGGAGCAGCCCACCCUCACAUCCUUUGCUUGGGUCCCUUUUCCGAAUUGUUUGCUCUUGACCCAUGCGCUCAUGCUGUAAGACCUCAUGGUCACUGUGAAACCAACCUCACCCCCUCCCUAGGCCUUUGAAUGUAAAGGACCGAUAAACCAAAAUUUCUUCAAAACCCGAAAUGUAGGGCAUGGUAUCUUUUGUUAAACCUGUAUCUCGGUACCAAAGAAUGGACAUGUAAGCCAGGCUUCCACUGCAGAGCUGUGGGAUGGCAUCUGUCACUUUACAGGGUUGGUUUGUAGUAAACUGGACUUGGGUACUUGUGCUCCUGGUGGAAUGUGGGCAGAGCUAAGAUAGCCUGCUUGUCUGAACCCACAAAAGACUGCAUUUCCUACAAUUAAAAAUAAUAAUAAUAAUAAAGUAAGUUCCAGAGUGGCACAACUCAGGAAAAAGAAGGGCCCUAUAAGCAGUGACUUACAGGGGAAACCUUUCUUAAAUAGGAAAAAACUGACAUAGUUGUCUCCAUCUCUUAAGAGAAAUUCCUAUUGCAAUAUGUCCUAUUAAAUGGACAAAAUCAUUUUGUUUUUGUCAUUUCUUGAAAAAGAAAAAAAAAGAUGUUGGGGGUGGGGUAGUGUAAAAGUCAGCAAAUUGGUUCUCCCAAUCUAUCUCUUCUGGGCCUUGGCAUCUCUUCAAAGUGUACCCCUUUCUUCCUAUGGCUCUAGGCUCAGUUUUUGAGUCAUAGUCAGAAAUGAAAAGAAAAGCCCAAAUCUCAAGGAGAGCUGAUGUGAUAAAUGAUCCAGUAAUUGGGAAUUGAUCUUCACCCAGCUGCUAGUGAGCUGUUGUGUUACAGAGUGAGGAGUGGUUUAGAAAAUCUUUUCAUAUAUUUUUUUUUCUAAGCGCCUUUUUAAAAUUGAAGAGUUUAAAGUGAUCCCUUCCCCAAGUUAUAGAACUACAUUUUAUUUUGCCCCUAAACUUAAAAUGAUAAUGAGCUCAUGCCACAAAGCUUUUUUUUUUUUUUUUAACUUUGGGAUAGCAUGGUACUGAUAAUUCUCCUUCAGUAAAUCAUCCUUUAGACACCAAAGACAGCAGAUUUUAAGUGUUGGAAUAUUUUUAUUGUUAAACUAGACCUCAAAAGCUCUUUAAAAUGUUCUUGGAAACCGAAGUUGUGAAAGUAAGUUAUUUCAGAAGUUCCUACUUUGAUUAUUCAUUUUUAUUCUCUAAUUUCUCCAUGUAUAGGGGAUAUCGUGGAAUAUGAGAAAUUUUCUUGGCAAAUAAUUGGAACCAAAAUUAUCUAGUUAACACUUUCUGUUGGAUUUGAAUAUGUAGCCAGACUUUUCUUGGAUUGGAAUUGUCAGGUCUUAAUAGACUUAUCAAUUUCCAGGCUUAAAGCUGGUAGGUCCACCCAGAAAUGAGUGAGUUGGUGGGUGGUGCUUCCUCUUUGCCCUUAAUAUUGGUACCCUUCCUUAGCUUUCUGUACCUAAAAUUAUGCAUGACUGUCAUUUGAGAAACUUGUGAAGCUUUGUUUUUAAAACAUCAGCCACCUAUGGCUGACCUUAAUCGACUCUUGACCCACCUGGAUUGGUGCAAAGCACUUUGGAGUGUGUUUAUUGUACAAUGUGGAAAGUCCCAGAUCCAGAUGAGAAGAUGCAGUGUCCAGAAACGUUGUAGCGUGAGUGAUCUGUAUUUACGUGCAGAUCAGCUGCUCAUGAUGAAGUGAUGCUGGGAUGGGCAGGAGUUGGGUCAAAGAGAGUCUUUAACAUAGUAAGAAUGUAAGGUCCUGGACGCUGCAAAAUGGAGGAGGAUAAAAUAGUUGUAGUGAGCAAAUAUGACACAGAGAAUGAUCCCUGCGUGUGUCUGAUCUGGUCAGGUGGUGGGAAGGGUAGGCUGUAAGGUCAGAUUCUGUUGGUGCUGUCAAUCAGCUUUGUAUAUAUAGGAUUUGGGUAUUGAGAUGAGUAAAGGAAAUGUAAAUAAACCACAGAGAUGGUUGACACUGACCUAACCUUUCCAGAGUGUUAAUCUUCUGUUUUUAAUCAACCCUCUGUACAUGUGGUGGUGAGAGAACCUGUGCCACCUUCUGUGGCUGGCAGGCAGCAGUGAGUUGGCCGGAGCCCAGUGGCUAGAUAGUACCUCAAGUUCAUCAAGUCUUUGAUGGAUGCCCUUCCUUGUAAGUCUGACUUAUUGGGGGAGAAAAACAUAAGGGUACCAUAAAACAGAACCUAAAUUAUGUGUUGGGCCAAAAAAGUUGCCAGACUCCAGGCACUUUGUGACGGAGUUCGAAGAGAAUAACUUGAGAUUUGGCUCAGUCUGUUAUACUCUAGUUAAGCCAAAGGUUGCUUAUUUGAGUGGGGGUUGGGGGGUUCUUUUUGGACUUGAAAUGGCAGAAUACAGUUGGUGUAUAUGUCAUCUUCCUCUUUGGAAGAUUCUGAGAUUGCUGUGUUCUGGUAGAUAAUAGUCAAAGAUAAUGCCAAAGUUAUAACUUGUUUUUCUUUAAAAAAAAAAAAAAAAAUCGGUGGUGCCAAAAAGCAUUUAGGGUAUUUAUUUAAAACAUCACUCUUAACGGAGUUUCCAACAGUCUGGGGCUGUAUAAAAGUCAAAAACUGUUGUACUUGCGUGUGAUAAUUAUUAUAUAGCUAGGACCUCUGGAGGCUCUUCAGCUUCCUCUGGCUUCGCAGGCCAGAGACACAGGAUACACAUACCACACUGUCUGCUUUUGUUUGUUUUUCUACCUCACUUUUGGUAAAAGUCACCUACCUCAUGCUACUAGCACCUGGCAGGUCUCUGAAGAGUAUUAAUCCAUGGGGGAGCCAGGUGGGAGUGGGAACUGCCUCUAGAAGGAAAAGUCUAACUCCAGAACUGAUUUCUCCAAGGAGAAGCCUGUGAUUGACUUUCACAAAGAAACUUUGAAACCAAAUAAUCCUGUACUCAGGCACAUGAGUGGAAGACUCAAGUGGUAGACCAAUUUGGCUUUUUUCCCCCCCACUUUCCCACCAGGAAUUAAGCAUACCAGCCUUGUGGUGCUCAGUGUUAUAAAACUACUGGCUCAUGUGACAUUUGAGGACUUAUUGCAAGUAAAGACCUUUAGGUCUUUUUCUCUUCAAGAGAAAAAUGUUUUAUCUGUCUUUUGAAUGUCUGCAAAUGUACACCCCUUUUGGAAGCAAUUCCAUUGGGCCUAGUUAUUGGAAACAUCAAAUAUUGGGAGGGAAUGAGAAUCCUUUAGACUGUGUGAUUGUAUUUGUGGCUGUCCUGGACCCAGUGUGAGGUUCAUCCCACAAUGCAUAACAAUCACAGUUUUUUUUUGCUGAGCAGUGACUGGUGAAACGUAUGUUGCUCUUUUGUGUUUAAUUUCUUUUUCUACCAAAGGUAACAUGUAACAUGUUGAAGGGCUUGUUCUUCCCCAUUCUUGUUUAUUAAAUACUUGAUAAAAUUGAGAAGCACAUUACCGUGAUAUAUUGUAUUGCCUCUCUUCUUUCUAUAGAGCAUUUUGUUUUGGUUCCGGGAGAGGGGCCUAAGACCACUGUAGUUAUAGUGAAUUGGAUAGAAAAGGCCAUGGUAAAGAAAUACCUCAGUGAUAACUCUUUUUAAAAUUGAUCUUACGGGUUAACAAACCAGCCUGGUGGGAUAUUUUCCAUCGUCACUUAACCAGUAAUGGUUCUAAAAGUUUUGUGUACCCACAUGGUCUUAGACCUCCUUUUAAUGAUUGUAUUAACUUGCAAGCUCAGGUAGUAUUUUUCUUAAGGCUCUGUGGAAGAGCACACUGACUGAAUGUUAACAUGUGUAGCUAAGUGUUUACUUUAACCAGUUCUUUGUGUUUCUAGCAGUCUAUAGUUAACUUCAGAGGAAGUUUUCAUAUUUUCUGGGGUCUCAUGUUCUUAGGGUGUGGUGAUUUCUUUUUUUUCCCCUAAAAUCAAUGCAGAUGACUAGGUGGGUGGGUAAGGGAUGUUGUUUUUAAUUAGCAGUGGUAGGUGUACUUGGGUGGGUGGGAGUUUUGUUUUUUUUGAAACUUGGAUAUUACUGUCCAUUAGCUGUCAUGCCUGGUCAGCAAAGUGCUUUUUUUUUCAAGUGUAGGACACACUACUCAAUUGAGUUUUUGUUUUGAGAAGGUGGUAAUUACAGAAUUGGGGGUUUAUAGGCAUUUCAUGUUGCUUCAUGUUAGAAUGACUUAUGCCUCUUUUUAAUUUUUUAAUCUUUUGGUCUGUCCAAAGUGGCCAUGGAAACCAUGCCUUAAACCUGUCACCAGGCUCGCUGACUGCCUAUUGGCACAUUUAAAAUUUAACAUUGCAGUGGUGGUACAGAGCCCACCAAAUAAGUGUGGGGAGUGAAAAAUCAAGGGUUUUCUUUCCCUAAACCUUCCAAGUGGGGUUUUGUUUGGAGUGGAUGGUUUUUGUUUUUUGUUUCUUCUUUAUAUAUAUAUAUUUUUUUAGAUUCUAAAUGUUAUACUGUAGGCCGCAGGCAUGACAGGCAAUGAGCAGGUGAAGAACCAACGGAAAAGUGUUCAAAAACUCCUGUGUUAAUGAACAGGCUUCUGAAUGUAUCACUGUGGUCCACAGAGAAGGCUGGAGAAGGUAGCAAGGAGAUGCUGUAUCAGCUACUACAGCCUAAAAAUAAAGUUGGUGUCUCUUUGGACUUUAAAAUUGUUCCUAUGCAGCUUAUUUUAUUUUUGUUUAAUCAAAUAAACAAGAGGGUUUUUUUUUUUUCCAUGGAAAUCUGUUGUCUGUGUGGUCCUUUAAUGCAGGAUAAGCAUGCAUGCACUGCACACCAGGGUCAGGGGGAAUUAACUA